AUGUCGUCUUGGAUAGUGCAAGGGAUAUACCCCCAUAUGAUGAUUAUCCCGCCGUCGUCGGGGCAGGGAAGUCCAUCAAUACCCCUAGCAACACCUCCCGGGGGAGGAGGCGGCGCGGCCGGUAAUGGUCCGGGCGCUAACGAUAAUGGGGGCGCGGGAAGUUUCACGAAGAAAUCACCGAAACGUGGGGGAGUACGUGAUGGAAAAUUCAAAUGCAAUCUCUGUCCAUAUGCCACCAACAAAGACUGGCAUCUUCGGCAGCAUGAGGUAUCCCAUUCCGACGAGAAGAAUUUCACAUGUGAGCAUUGUGGUAGCGGAUUUAACAGGAAAGGCAACCUCAAACGACACAUGAUGAUCGUGCAUGAGGGAGUCCGUUACGCGUGCUCCGUGUGUGGCAAACAGCUCACGUCUGAGGCGCAUCUUCGAGCUCACGUAAAUCGUCAUAGCACUCCUUGGGAGCUUGGUUGUCCGUCUCACUGUUCUCUGAACGACUCUCUCAAACGUUCCUCGAUGUGUCUUCUGCAAAUAUCGUGUAAUUCGUUGCAGUACGUCUUCGACUCACGACCUCGGCAGCAUAAAGGCGUCAAGGACGGCCGAUUCAAAUGCGGCCAAUGCGAUUACUCUACGAAUAACGAAUACCACAUGAAACAGCAUGGAGUAGUGCACUCUCAGGACAAACCUUUCGUGUGCGAUUCCUGCGGUGAGGCGUUCAAUCGCAAGGGCAACCUACAGCGGCAUAAAGCCAUCCUUCACGCUGGACUCCGGUAUCCCUGCUCCGUUUGCGAAAAACAGUUCCACUCGGACUGCGCACGAAGGAAGCAUGUGGCCAAACAUUACCGCGAGAUGCGGCUACUUCCGUCGACAGGACCGCAGUCUAUGACUUGUCCUGUGACUCCGGCUCUGCAGGCUGCUUCUCAGGAGAUACUUCCGCUUAAACCGGCCCAGCCGCUGUUGGGACACGCACCUUGCGCUCCAACGCCUUUUCGUCCAGGGCACGGGCAGGACGAAUUCAAGAAGAUGGACCUCGUGCCGCAGGCGGCGUACGGCGUUAGCGUCAUGGCGUCGAUGGGACCACCCCCAGUGACAACGACAGUGGCCACUGUUUCAGCUCCAUCGGGUCCCACACCCCAGCCGCCUGGUCCACCUCGAACGCCCCUGAAGGACGGACGCUACCGCUGCUCGCAGUGCGACUACACCACGAACAAGGACUGGCACCUCAAGCAGCACGAGGCCUCACACUCAGGUGAUAAGCCGUUUAACUGCGAUGUUUGCGGAGCGAGUUUCAACCGCAAAGGAAACCUGAAAAGACAUCGGAACAUUAUUCAUGAAGGCAUCCGCUACCCAUGCCCCGUUUGUGAAAAACAGCUGACCACCGAGAGCCAUCUAAGGGCGCACAUGAACAAGCACAAUGGAUACAAACCAUAUAAGUGCUCCUUUUGUGAGGCUACUUUCUAUCGGAGCGACAAGUGUAGGCAGCACGAGAGGAAGAAUCAUCUCAACAAAUAG